UGCAUGAUCAUGGCGCUGAUCUAAGUUCAACUUUACUAGCACGCACAUCAACAAACUCGCUUUGCUUUCAGAAUACACAAAAUUUUCAUAGAUCAUGAACGCAUUGCCUCUGUCUCCACCCUCAACACCCUCCCCGACUCAAAUCGAGAUGGAAGACGAAGUAAAUUCGGAAAUGGAUUCCGUUAGCGAAACAAGUGAAAAUGUCGACCUUGAUGCUGUACAGUCUUUGCUUGCGAUGAGUCAGUGGUCUCCGCCGACUCCCGAGAGAAAUACAGCGAGUCCCGUGUCUUCGAUAAGCAGAAAUUCCUCCAGUGCCUCGCUAAGCAGUAACGUUUCUGCCGCUAGUUGUACCAGCUCGGAUGAUUCGCAGUGUGACUAUGCGGAGAAUCAUUACAAAGAAAAGAUUACCAAUGUGGACCCGAAUGUAACGCGAUCCACAGUAAUCAAAACAGUAUCCUCAUUGGGAAAAUGCAGCCCUACCUUGCCAACCAAAUUCAUACCAAAUGCCGUUGGAUACAGCCCUGUUCUUCUAGCUGGGGGAUCAAACCUUCCCGCGGGAGCAGUCAUGAUUUUUUGCCCGGUUAACAGUUCUGGGAUGGCACAACAAAGAGGUCUCGUCAUCCCUCAGGCGAACAUGUUCGCUUUGAGCCAGCAACAAACACAGACUGAAGGGACCAAGAGUAACGUAAACAGGAGAAGAAAUCACAUCUGUACCUACGAGAACUGUGGAAAAACCUACUUCAAAAGCUCCCAUCUAAAGGCCCAUCUUCGAACACAUACAGGUGAAAAGCCAUUCCCUUGCACUUGGGAAGGCUGUGAUAGACGUUUUGCCAGAUCUGAUGAGCUUGCUAGGCACAAGCGGACACACACAGGCGAAAAACGAUUUGCAUGUCCACUUUGCGGUCGACGGUUUAUGAGAUCAGAUCACCUGACCAAGCAUGCCCGUCGUCACAUGACAGCCAAGAAAGUGCCAGGGUGGCAACUGGAGAUGAGUAAACUGAAUCAAGUCGCAGCAAUGCAGUCGAACCAGAUGCAAAAUACUGUGAAAUGUGCGGUGCCAGCUGGGCUUCCAUCCAUGGCUGUCCCCAUGAGUACAUUCAGCAGGUUGCCACCAGCUAAGGAGGUGCCCUAAAGCAAUGAGGUGAUCACAUGGUGGUGGAACUUGAAGGGUAUGCAUUACCCUAUUAGUGCACAUUCUCCAGCUCCAAGCUAGCGGGGGUACCAAACUGGCAUUUACUGCCUUACCCAGCCUUAUGGCCCAUGCCAGCGUUAUUAGCAUUACACUGAUGUGUGAGAAGAGUUCCACUCUUCAAAAGACAUACACAAUAAUGGAAAUACACAAAACAGGCAUCUGUUAUUAAAAUGAUGACAACCAUUUAGAAAUCGCCAUCUUGUAAGCAUGUCCUGUCUGUACAGUAGCAUAAAUCUUUUUUUAUAUCUGCUUUAUAUCAAAAUACAAAACAAACCAUACGCAGUUGCUCUUUAAAUGUAAGUAGUAAAAAACAAGCAGGAAAAUAUUACACAUUUCAUAGUAAACUGAACAAGUUUGGCAAUUAGUCUUGCCUUGUGCUCAAAUUCUUGUCCUGAUUCAGUAAAACCAAGUUGUAAGUAAUUAAAGUAAACAUUGUACAUAAGUUGUAAUAUAUAAAGUGAGCGCCAUUUAACUAUAUUAAAGCUACAAGCUGCUCAUGUACUCAAGGAUUUGCUUGGGACAUCUCAGUAAUGAUUGUUUGAAAUGAAUGCAUGUAGGCAAAACAAAUUAUCAGAAACAGUAAAGUUUUUUCUGGAAAUAUAUAUUUAUUUAUACAAUAAUUUUUAUACAAUGCAUUGCAAAAUACCAUAGAUUAAACCUUGACAGAUGCCUAAAGAAAUAUAUGAUUAAAACAUAGUGUGAAAUAAAUGAGUCGAGAAACUUGAAA